GAGUAUCGUUGCGCGUCGCCUCAACCAUUUGUUUAUGUUCUCCGCGUGCUUUUCUCUCAGCAUCUCCUAGACCGUCUCGGUGAUGAAUGAAUCUUGGAUGCUCUAACCCCGAGGAAUAAAGUGCAGUGACAAAAUGUUGUGUAUUCUCGUUCCCCUGCUGUUUCUGUGCGAUCUUUCGGCGGCCAUGCAACACGGCACCCGGGUGACGGAGUCGGAGGACGCCAUACCGCCUCACGGGAAGUGUCAGCACAUCACCGUCCCCGUCUGCAACGGCAUCGCCUACAACAAGACUAUAAUGCCCAAUCUUUUGGGGCACCAGACCCAGGAGGAGGCCGGGUUGGAGGUCCACCAGUACUUCCCCCUCGUGAAGAUUAAUUGCAGCGCCCAGCUUCAGUUUUUCUUGUGUUCGGUGUUCGUGCCAGUUUGUACUAUCCUAGACCACCCUCUGCCUCCGUGCAGGUCUCUGUGUUUGUCCGCUAAGAACGGGUGUGAAGGCAUAAUGCAAAACUUCGGUUUCCAGUGGCCGGAGUCGUUGAAUUGUGAUGCUUACCCGGAUAAUUCUAUGUCUGAGGAAUUGUGUGUGGGUGUUAGUAAGCUCAACGUGCCUUCAAGCACCCCUAGUACGGAUGUGGUGUCCAACAGCCACCCCAUUACCAGAUACAAGACCCCUUACCACGGCAGAGACUUCGGAUUCGUUUGUCCAGAACAAUUCAAGGUGCCUGAAAUCUUGGAGUAUUCUUUCAAAGUGGGUAACAAGGUGGAGAAGAACUGUGGAGCGCCGUGCCAUAAGAUGUUCUUCAGCGAGAACAAGCGUCAGUUCUCCAGAGUGUGGAUAGGCACCUGGGCUAUUCUCUGCACGGCGAGCUGUCUCUUCACCGUCUGCACCUUUCUCAUAGACACAGACAGAUUCCGAUACCCAGAACGUCCCAUCAUUUUCCUCUCGGUUUGCUACAUGAUGGUGGCCAUCGCGUACGUGAUAGGGUUCUUAGCGGGCGACUCUAUCUCCUGCAGGGAGCCCUAUCCUUCUAAGCACGGCAUCAUGACGGUGAGCACCAUUACCCAGGGCACCAAGUACGAGUUGUGUACCAUCCUCUUCAUGGUGCUGUACUUCUUCAGCAUGGCUUCCAGUAUUUGGUGGGUAGUGUUGACUUUGACGUGGUUUCUGGCGGCUGGAUUGAAGUGGGGCCAUGAAGCCAUCGAGGCGAAUUCGCAGUAUUUUCAUCUCGCUGCCUGGGCCAUCCCGGCGGUGAAGACUAUCAGCAUCUUGGCGAUGGGAAAAGUUGACGGCGACAUCUUAAGCGGGGUCUGCUACGUGGGCAUCUGGAACGUGGAGGCGAUGCGAGUCUUCGUCCUGAUCCCCCUCAUCGUCUACCUAGUCUUCGGCACCAUCUUCCUAACCUCGGGCUUCGUCUCCCUCUUCAGAAUACGCACGGUGAUGAAACACGACGGCACCAAGACGGACAAACUCGAAAAACUCAUGAUAAGGAUAGGCGUAUUCUCCGUCCUCUACACCCUACCAGCUCUGAUCGUGAUAUCGUGCCUCAUCUACGAACAGACGUACUUUGAAGACUGGAUGACCACUUGGAACCAGGAUAUGUGCGAGAUAUCCAAGUAUGCAAUGCCCUGCCCCAGGGAUGUCCAUAUGAAGAGCCACCCGAGGUUUGAGGUGUUCAUGAUCAAAUACCUCAUGACGAUGAUAGUGGGCAUCACUUCCAGCGUUUGGAUAUGGUCGGGGAAGACGGUGCACAGUUGGAAGGUGUUCUUCAAUAGGAUAAAAGGCAGGCACGUCGAGGCAUAUGUGUGAAACCUAACUGUACCUGUACGAGAGGGAUACUUUUCUGUAUGAGCACAAAACCAUGUGUAAUUUUUGUACAUUUAUUUAUAUUUUUGUAUUGUCAUUGUAGAUUGUGUUGAUAAUAUUUAUCUACCUCCGCAACUCACACUAAGUGUUGCUUAGAACAAAGGAGAAAGAAUGUGCACAAAUAAGAGAGAGAAAAGUGCAUUUAAUUAAGAGAAUUCAAAUUUUUUCAGAAUAAUAAUGUUUUUGUCAGUUUAUGUUUUUAAAAUUUUAACAAGCUCUAGUGCCAUGAUAUAACAAGCAAUUUUAAAUGCAUAAUUACCAAAAAAUAUCCGUUUGAUUUUCACGUGCAUGUAUUCUGAUACAUACGGAUAUUGUUUGACCGAAGUAUGAUUAUAUCCAUUACUGCCAUAUUCAAUUGCCACCUUUAAACUCAUUAGAUAUUUUGGUCAAAUAACAAAUUGAAAAUCAUAAAAAAUCUAUUGUUUUUAAUAAAAAAAAGAAUAUAUAACAUAUUUUAUACAAUUUUGUAUAUAAAAUAUAUUUCUAUACACGAGUUUUUUGAAGUCAAUUUGGAAUUACAUGGCUUUUCUAAAAACGUUUAAACUUUUUAACAGCUUAUUUUUGUAACUGUUAUUAAUAUAAUAUAAAAAUAUUAAAAAAUGAAAUGUCAAAUUCUGGAUCUGUAAUUUCACUCUGUACUCAAAAGAUGCUUCCAAAAAGUGCAGCUAAUGACAAAAGAGCUAAUAUUUUUUGUGUAAAAUAUACUGUAUAUAUUGUAAAUAUAAAAAUAUUUUAAGCUUUUGACUGAUGUUACAAUUUAAAGAUUAUAUAUAGUGUUUGUACAUUUUUAAACACGACUAUCUACAGAAGUGCUCAAACCACUAUUUUAUAUUUACAUAUUGCCGUCAAACCAUAUAAAUCGUGCAGAUAGAUGUAACUUAUUUCAUUUUUUGUAUGAAGUGAAUAAAAUAUAUUAUUACAUCUAAAAAAGACCAUGUGACGUUUUUAAAAGUUUUUUAUGAAAUUAAAUUUUAUAUAAAAUGCUUUGCAAAUAUCUAUAUUUGCUAGUCAAUUACAUAUUACAAACGAAGCAGUGCAAAUUUAACAGCCUUUUUCGUAUAAAAGUACGUAUAUUGUCGUCCAGUGAGCUUAUUGAAUUUAAUGUACAGUUCACCAAAAUUUAAUGCAAACUUAAAAUUAAUUUAUACUUGUUUUCAUCAUGUUUGUUCUGACAUU